AGCUAUUGUGCGAUCAACGGCGGCGGAUGCGACAAGCUCGCCCAAGAGCACAACGGCGACUGGCGUUGUUCGAUACAAACCUGAUUUUCGGUCUGCCGGACUCCCGACAUUUCUUGAAGCCCGUCGUGAAAGCAUGUGUGGAGCUUGCCAGAGGCGUGUCUGCUGAGGUGGAUCCGAGCGGCCAGCUAGUUUGUAUUCAAACUAAGGAAGUUGAACAAUGGCCGAGGACAUGGUGCCCUUAGAGAAUCCUCAUCGUGCUGUGAUUGUCAAAGCUGAAGGCUCGGAAGUACGUCAGCAAGAAUACGAGUUUCAAAGUGAGCCCGCAGAAUACGUGACGUUGGGAGAAGUAGAUCCGCGUCCUGAAUCUCCGUCGGCCGAGAAUACGGCUCCCCAGGGGCCCGCUCUCACAAACGUCGAGCAGAACGAUGGAGUGGUCCAGCACGAAGAACGUGUUGAGCAUGAAAUGAGUGAUGUGCACGUGCCUCUGAUGCCUGGAGCGCAUGAGGUGCACGAGCUCCAGCUACGGCAUCCGAGAAUGCCGCCGGCCCUCUAUACGUCUCAACUAGCGCAUGAACCUCACGGAGUAAUGUACUACCCUUCUGCUAACGAAUACCACGUCUUGGAACCAGUCGUUCCGCCGAUCAACCGAGGAUUGAGUUACGCGCCCUACGGCGCUCUGUAUGCCCCGGAUGGCCGCGAUUUUUAUCUUUGUCCGUCAAAAUUGCCUAGUCAAACCUCACCAUCGAUGGAUAGCCUCAAAGGAUGCGGUGUAGAUGGAGGUCUAGUUAGUUUGCCUCCUGAUUCGGGCAGGUUGCUGGACUCCUCACAGCAGAUCGGAGGUCCAGACGCCGCUUCCGACUCUUUGGUUUCACUGAAGCCUGGGAGUAAAACUUCCCUUCCGUCUUCCCCCUCAAGCCACCUCAACCCCACUCAGGCCAAAUACUGCGCAUCCGCGACAGGUGGGGUCGUUAGUUCGGGCGGAGGGGGUAGCAAGAAGAGGCAACGGAGACAGAGGACGCACUUUACGUCGCAACAACUGCAGGAGUUGGAAGCAACCUUCUCAAGGAACCGUUAUCCAGAUAUGUCUACGCGAGAAGAAAUCGCCAUGUGGACAAAUCUAACCGAGGCCAGAGUCAGAGUGUGGUUCAAGAAUCGUCGGGCCAAAUGGCGCAAGAGGGAACGCAACUCUACUGAUUUGAAAAACGGCUUCGGAACUUCUCAGUUCAACAGCAUCAUACAGCCUUUCACAGAUCCCCACGAUACUGCAGGUCUAUACCCUUCCGCCUAUCCGACGAAUACCUAUUGGGGAAAGGUAUCCAGUCCACUUGGAUCUAAGCCAUUUCCUUGGCCCCUGGGCCCCACGGGGGCCGCGAGUCCCCUCCCGCAAGAUGAAUACUCAAUUCGUUCGGGGGGUCCGUAUUCCGCGCCAACGUUACCGUACGCGUACAGCGGACAUUCUUCACGCAUCAACUGUGGACAAAGUGAAAACCUAGUGGUCGCCUCGUCAACGUCAUCAGUUCUCAGCCAAGGCAAUGCUACACCGAACCUCAGUAACAGCAUCGCUUCGUUGCGACUCAAGGCAAAACAGCUCAGCUCUGGCUACGCGAACGAAGUUUCCCCGUAUUCGCCCUCGUGUAGCACAUCAACUUCGUCGCCUAAUACGACGCCUACCCCAAGAGUAGCACCUCUAUCGCCGACUCCGCCGUCGCACAUCACCAACGCUCACAGCUACCCACCAGGGCCUAGCGAUAAUAAUGCUGUAUAA